AGACAGACAAUCCCGUUGGGGUUGAGCAGGCGCGCACGCACGCACGCACGUACGGCGCGAGCUAAUCCGAAAAAGAUCCUCUUUUUAUUUGUUCUCGCCGGCGAUUUCACCGCCAACAACUCUUGAAUUCUUGAUUUGAUUUGAUUGAUUGAUUUGGUCCUCCCCUCUCCUCUCCUACCAAUCCAUCCAUCCAUCAUUUUCCGUUCCCCCUUUAAUCCUCUGACCAAAUCGCCCACCGACCGCUUCCUCCCCCAUCCAUCCCCCCCUCCCCAUCCCAUCACCGCAAUGCCGCGCUCGCCUUCAAUGGGGCAGGAGGUCGCGAGCUGCUCUGGAUCGAUCCUGUGAUCGUCCGCCGUCCUCCUUCCCCGCGGUUCACCGCGUGUGCUCCAGCGCCCGUCUGCUGCGCCGGCCAGCCCGAAUCGAGCCCGUUUGCGGCGGCGAGGUCCUGUCCGGUCCGGUCUGUGGUGCAGCGAGCGGUCGAGCGGGAGCAGAGUGCUCCGCCGGCUGCCGGAAGCCUCGGGUGAGCUCGUGGAGCUGGGAUUGGGAUUGGGAUUGGGACGCCAGCGGCGGCGAGCAAUCCCGACAGAUCCAGACCUCCAGUGCGGCGGUGGUGGUGGCGGCGGCGGCUCGAUCCCCUUCCUUCUUCUUCCAGCUGCGAGAGCUAGCUAGCUAGGUGUCAACCGGCGAAGAGAAGAAGCACGAAACAGGCUUCAUUUGGGAGUAGCUUGAUUUCAGUGAAGACGCGUAUAUAGCUGUAUCACGUUAGACUUCUGGACAAGAAUAUGUUUGGGAUCCAACCCAGGGACGUGUCGGAUGAUGAUUUCAAUCCCAGGAGGAGGAGGUGGUCGUUGUGGACCACGCCACCUGCAUCCAUGCCCACCACCAGCCACGCUAGAAGGUAUACCACGCCCCGGAGGGGGGGCCAUUCUAACGCCUACCACUUGUCGGUGAAGUUUGAAGAUCUCUGUGGCUUCAUGGUGGAGGGCAAUGUGGACGAUGUCAAUGUGCUGAACGAGGUGAGGGAGAGGAUAAGGGAGCAAGGGAGGGUGUGGUGGGCGCUGGAGGCGAGCAAGGGCGCAAACUGGUACCUCCAGCCGAGGAUCUCCUCCAACGGUGGCCAGGGCGUGAUUAGUGUCACGUCGCUCAAGCUAUCGGUGCUCACCAAUACAGUUACAUUGAGGAGGCUGAUUAGGAAGGGGGUGCCGCCAGCGCUGAGGCCGAAGGUAUGGAUGUCGGUGUCGGGUGCAGCCAAGAAACGAUCGACAGUUCCUGAGACAUACUAUGACGAGCUGAUCAGGGCCACAGAGGGGAAAACCACGCCGGCCACUCGCCAAAUUGACCAUGAUCUCCCUCGCACCUUCCCUUGCCAUCCCUGGUUGAACAGCGAGGAAGGCCAGGCAUCUCUUCGGCGCGUACUUGUUGGUUACUCAUUCCGUGAUUCAGAAGUUGGAUAUUGUCAGGGUUUAAAUUAUGUAGCUGCUCUGUUAUUGCUCGUUAUGAAGACAGAGGAAGAUGCAUUUUGGAUGCUGGCUGUACUCUUGGAGAAUGUUCUUGUCAGUGAUUGUUAUACCGAUACUCUUUCUGGAUGCCAUGUUGAGCAGAGAGUAUUCAAAGAUCUUCUAGCUAAAAAAUGCCCCAGGAUUGCUGCUCAUCUUGAAGCAAUGGGAUUUGAUGUUUCACUUGUUGCCACAGAAUGGUUCUUAUGUCUCUUCUCCAAAACGUUGCCUUCGGAGACAACACUUCGGGUAUGGGAUGUUUUAUUCAAUGAAGGGGCAAAGGUCUUGUUCCAUGUCGCUCUAGCAAUUUUCAAGAUGAGAGAAGACGAUCUUCUACGCAUCCAACAUAUUGGUGAUGUAAUUGAUGUUCUGCAGACAACUGCACACCACCUAUACGAGCCUGAUGAGCUGCUCACGUUUGCGUUCGACAAGAUUGGCUCCAUGACAACGAACACGAUCACGAAAGAAAGGAAACGGCACGAGACGGUGGUCAUGGCAGAGCUCGACCAAAGGACCAGACGGCUGGGCUCACUCAAGAUGGAUGCAUGAUGCGUAGAAAAAACAUGUUGAGAGGCUUGGCUGAAGCCCUGUGUGUUUUGAAGAAAGGCGAGACACGGUGAGUUUGCACUCGGUUCCUGGCCAGACUGGAUUCUGCGACGAGUAAAAAACCCGCUCGAGGUCCGCCGAAACAGGAAAUGUAUUAUGGGGAGUUGCCAAAACUGCAAUGUGGGUUUGUUUUUCUGGACCUUCAUAUUGUGUGUUUCUGUGCGUGUGCACGAUGCCGUGGUGGCAGGUUCUGCUGCUGGUUGAAACCUGUACGAAUCUUUUCUGUGCAUUUGCUUGAUUUGUAGUACCGAUCGAUUUGUUGUACGUGUGAAAUGGAGCUAAAAAAAGUUUCUUCUGUUUUUACUGAUAA